GAGCGCAGGAGCUGCCCAGGACUGUGGUCCUGAAAGCUCCAGCCCGGGAACUGACCAGGGAGAGGAGGUACUGAAGACCGACUAACCCUGUUGCAGCGGGAGCAUCGCCCCAAGAACUCCAAGGAAGGAGUAAAACAAUUAGCAGCCAGAGAGACCAGACCUGGUGGCACUCCUGAGAGGCAGUGUCCUGGUUUAACAUGGAUCGAUAAAAGCACCUCCUUCUCCUGUGACCUGGAUGGUCCGGGAAACUUGGCUUCUCUGAGUCUCCUCCAGGGCGCAGAUUCACAGAGUUCACUUCACGCCAGGCACUACGACUGCCAAAGGAUCUAGAAAUGGCAAAAACGUAUGUAAAAGCCAAGGAGAUGACAGAGUUGGUCAACACACCAUCUUGGAUGGACAAAGAUCUGGGUUCUCAGAAUGAGAUGAAGGAGGAGGAGAGAAGACCAGCUGCUUACGGGAUGCUUGGAAGCUUAGCUGAAGAACAUGACAGUAUUGAGGAAGAAGAAGAGGAGGAAGAGGAUGGGGAGAAGCCUAAGAGAAGAGGUCCCAAGAAAAAGAAGAUGACAAAAGCUCGCCUGGAGAGGUUCAAGGCUCGAAGAGUCAAGGCCAAUGCUAGAGAACGGACACGGAUGCAUGGCCUGAAUGAUGCUCUGGACAACCUGAGGAGAGUUAUGCCAUGUUACUCUAAGACCCAAAAGCUUUCCAAGAUAGAAACACUUAGACUGGCUAGGAACUAUAUUUGGGCUUUGUCUGAGGUCCUGGAAACUGGCCAAACACCAGAAGGGAAGGGCUUUGUGGAGAUGCUCUGUAGAGGGCUCUCUCAGCCCACAAGCAAUCUGGUGGCUGGAUGCCUCCAACUGGGUCCUCAGUCUGUUCUGGAGAAGCAUGAAGAGAAAUCCCCUGUUUGUGACUCUGCCAUUUCUGUCCACAACUUCAAUUACCAGUCUCCCGGGCUCCCCAGCCCUCCUUAUGGCCAUAUGGAAACACAUCUUAUUAAUCUCAAACCCCCAGUGUUCAAGAGUUUGGGAGAAUCAUCCUUUGGGAGUCAUCCACCUGACUGCAGUACACCACCUUAUGAGGGCCCACUCACUCCACCCCUGAGUAUCAGUGGGAACUUUUCCUUGAAGCAAGAUGGCUCCCCUGAUCUGGAUAAACCCUACAGCUUCAUGCCACAUUACCCCUCUGCAAGUCUCAGCUCAGGGCAUGUGCAUGCAACUCCCUUUCAGGCUGGUACCCUUCGCUAUGAUAUUCCCAUAGAUACGUCCUAUGACUCCUACCCCCACCAUGGCAUUGGGGCUCAACUCAAUACAAUCUUCACUGAGUAGAGCAGUAAGAUCAGAAUUUCAGAGGGUGAUGUGGAGAUGCUUUCCAUAAUACAAAUGGUUGAGCUGAAGAUUCAAUGACCUUAAAGGAACCCGUUAGACAUAUAUAGAAUACAUUAGUGCCAGUCCAUUUAGGCCCUCCUACAUCUGUCACUCUCUAUUUUUACCAACUUCUCAAAAUGUAUUGAUUUCUUUAUUUAGGGUCCUCAAGAGAAAUGAUUUGAUUGUUUACAAUCAUGUGGAAAUAGAACAGAAUUCAUAGGUCCUAUUUUGGUGGGGCCAAUAACUUAUUGAAUAAUCUAUGCCAAUUCAUUUUCCAUUUCUGGACUCUUUUUUACUUACUGGUAAAAAUCAGGAAAUUGUUCUAAAUCUAGAUGAUUUCUAAAAUCCUUGGCAGUUCUGAAAUUCUUUAACAUUGGUGACCACUUUUAUAAACUUCUUGAAACUAAAAGGACAAAGGAAUGGUAGGAAAUGGACACUAUAUGUCAAUGAUCAAACAGAGCUGCCUAAGGAGCACAAGGUGCAUGACUCUUGGGAAAUUAAUGGUUGGACUUCUUUGCAUCCAGAGGCUAAAAGUCCAAGUUGGUUGUCACUGUGAAUAACAAAGCAUGCUCUUGUUGGGAUGAAAGUUGAACAUAACUUCCUUGAUGAUUGAUAACAUUCCAAAAGCACUUUUAUUUCUACUAGAGAUAGGGCAAUAAAGUCACUGAAACCUCAGAUUCCUAUGGCAAAUAGGACUUAGAGAAGUUAUCUAGACCACUUCAUGGCAUGCAUACCAGAGGGCUCUGGAAAUUCUGAUGAAGCUCAGGGCCUGUUAUUGGAAUAAGCUAACAACACAAGUCACAUUCAAGAGCAAUAAAUUGGCUAUUGGCUAUAUUAACUAUAGCUGCUCAUAGGGAAACCUCUAG